CACGGUGGGGCUGCUGUCGAUCAUAGGCGUGGCUGGCGCGGUGGGUGGUGGGGGUUUCUGAGCCAGGGGGGGCUGGCAGGCACGUUGGUAGGGGUGAGUGGCUGUUAAGUAGCAUCCUUCUGAGGCAUAGUGUGUAGCAAGUGGUAUGUCUGUUGAGGGACGUGCUCCUGCUAGAAGUGGUAAGUGGUAGCCGGGGUGUGGUAAACCUUUGAUGAAGCGUUUUGGCCGGCGGCAGCUAGAACUUGGAGGUGUAUGCUUUUCUAGGACUCACCCCUAGCAUUCUGAAUCGAGUUUCCUUUCCCCUGAGCUGCGAAGCUUUCGCGCCACCGCAGCUGUUUUCAAGCCAUUUGAGCCGCCUGACACGUCAGCCCACGCACCCUCUGGCCCCUUCGUCCGUCGCCAUGUGCCGCUGCGGAAAGACCUGUUCCAAGGUGUCUGUGGGCUUGGGCCUGCUCUUGACCAUUGCAGGCAUCGCCCUGUUGUUGGUGGGCGCGAUGUCGUUGACCAACAUCAGCUUGAAUGUGAGUGCCGGCAUCGAUGGAAGCACCACGGGCACGUUGGCGGCGCCCAGCGACCUGAACUGCCCCUACAUCAUUCUGAUCGGGCAGGACUCCGCCUGCAGCGAUUUCCAAGCUUCUGCCACGACCACUGCAGGCACCCUGGACACCGCCGUCUGCGGCAGCGAAGAUCUGCCGGAAGAUGGCGAGGGGCGCGCGCCGGCGCAGCGCAGCUUGCAGGACUUGGAUUGGACCAUCGGCACCUCCGAGACGAAGCUCAUCGAUUUGAAGUAUGCGGGGCAGUUGACCUUCGCUGCGGAUGGGGAUGCGGUGGUGAGCAGCAGUGAGGAUAUGUGGUCCAUGCAGCUCUGCGAUGUCUUCUCAGAGCUUUUUGCACAGGCUGGCCGCGCAAUCGCUUUCCGGGCCCGGUCACCCGUCAGCAUCCCGGUGGAACCCGCUUCGGCGCCGCUGACCCUUUGUUUGGGGCGUGACCGGCAAGGUUUGUGACCAGAUGAUGGCCAGCAGAAGACCAGGUGACUGUCAUGCUGGCACCUGAUGUUUUUGCAGGCUUUCAUGGUCCAGAUUCACACGGCUCAUGUCGCCUUUCCAUCCCAUUUCUUUCUUCCAUCCCAUUUCGACUAUGCAGAUAGAACGAAAAAGAACACGCGUCGAACCAUUCCGAGAUCAUGGUGGCCGCGGGCGCUGUGCUCCUGGUCGCUGGCCUCGUGACCUUCUUCAUUGGCCUCUGCUGCUGCUGUUGCUGCGCGAAGGAGUGAGAGUGAGGCCAGGUCUCCACCUGCCGCAGAGUGAUAGGUUGGCGGUCUACGUUCAUGACACGUUGGCUCCAGACGUUUGGGGCCUUUGGGGAGUGGACACUCUGGCGUCGGUUCUUUUCGAAAGGCCACCGCAAAAAUAGGGAAGAUGGCUGCCAGAGUGCUAUCCACACCUCGAAGAGCACACGAUGUGGGGG